CCCGCAGGAAGGAAGAUGGUGGCUGUCAGGAUGCGAUCGUGUGUGUCGUCGGUUUUACUCCUGAAUGUCUUCUACAGCGUCGUGUCCUCGCUGUAUUUCCACAUCGGAGAGACGGAGAAGAAGUGUUUCAUAGAGGAGAUCCCGGACGAGACGAUGAUCAUCGGAAACUACCGGACGCAGGUGUACGAUAAGCAGAGGGAGGAGUACAUGCCGGCCACUCAGGGCCUGGGGAUGUUCGUGGAGGUCAAAGACCCCGAUGACAAGGUGAUCCUGUCCCGGCAGUACGGCUCUGAGGGGAGGUUCACCUUCACGUCACACACACCUGGAGAGCAUCAGAUCUGCCUCCACUCCAACUCCUCCAAGUUCGCCCUGUUCGCCGGAGGCAUGCUGAGGGUUCACCUGGACAUCCAGGUGGGGGAACACGCCAACAACUACGCCGAGAUCGCGGCCAAAGACAAACUGACGGAGCUGCAGCUGAGAGUCCGGCAGCUGGUGGAGCAGGUGGACCAGAUCCAGAAGGAGCAGAACUACCAGAGGUACCGCGAGGAGCGUUUCCGUCAGACCAGCGAGAGCACCAACCAGAGGGUCCUGUGGUGGUCCAUCGUCCAGACCCUGAUCCUGGUGGCCAUCGGCAUCUGGCAGAUGAGACACCUGAAGAGCUUCUUCGAGGCCAAGAAGCUGGUGUAGCCCUUCACCUGGGGGAGUGUGUGUGAGUGUGUGAGUGUGUGAGUGAGUGUGUGUGUGUGUGUGUUCUUGCUGAUUGGCAGGUCGCUGCCGUCGGGAGGAAUUCAACCUGCUGAGGAGACGAGGGGCGGAGCUUAUCAGCCUCAAGGCCUGAAGACGACAUCAUCGUGGUCUCCGACGUUCUCGUUGUCUCCUCGCCUGUAUUUAUUACACCGGGGUUGUCAUGGCGAUGGUGUGUUAAUGGCCACUAGAGAUGUUUAGAAUCGCGAGAAAAUUACAAUCUGGAUUCAACUGUAAACUCAUUCAAGUGGAACAUUUUCUUAAAAGUAGAAAUCCUGCAAACAAAAAGUAAAAGAGAGAAACGGUUUGUCGCGUCUCAGUGAAACUCGAGCGGAUGUUUCUCUGCUCGUUUCUGAAAGAGAAGAAACUGAACAGAAGAGAAUCUUUACAUCUUCUGCCGGUGAUUUAAUUUAAAAGCCACCGUCGCUUUAAGGAGGAUAAAAUCAACUGAUAAUGAUCUUAAUAAUCUGCCAACCGACGGUUCUUUAGCCGAGGUGGGAAAGGGACAUCUACAUAUUUCCUGGAGCUUCAGCGUGAACUGGGAGAGCCGGUCUGAACCGGUUCCACGGCUCUGCGACUGAAAUGGGCUGAAGCUCCACUUUUAUUUCUCUUCAGGGACAAAAUCACAACUCGGAAAAGUCCAAUUUACGUUGUCAGUCACUGAAUAAAGGAAAAGGUCCCUCAACUUCACGAGAGAUCUACUUCCUCUUCCCUUCUUCUUCUGUGGUGGGUUCACGUUUCAGACUGUUUUGGGUUAGAAUUGGAAUCGGUUGGUUUUGUGAUUUAAUUUAAUUCUUCUGUCCGUGUGAAUCCGUCUCAAACUGAAUAAAGUUUUGUCACAUUUGGUUUGAAGGAC